AUGCUAUGCAAUCAACUUAUAGCAUAAGUUUAAAAUACAUUUAUUUAUUACUUAUAUUUAUAGUUAUUUCUAUAACUGUUUAUGUUGAUUCCUGCAUUCUCUCAAAUCUAUUUCAUUUAUUUUAUCAUUAUUAAAUGUCUUGAAAUAGUUAUUUUUCCUCUGUCUCAUUAAUUCAUUUGCUCUACAAACAAUUCAACUUUAAUAAAUCUAUUCUGCUUUUUAUGUUUAUUAAAAUUAUUAAAUUACUUUUGUAACGAAUUCCUUUUUGUACAUUCUUUCAUUACCUUAAUAAAUAUAAUAUAUCUUAACAAAAAAUUAUAAAGGAGUACUUUAAACCAUAAAAAAUAUACAUACACCUUUCAAUUUUAUUUUAUCUCAAACAUUUUACUUUUGAUUUUUUACAUCUAUCUAAAACUCUUAAAACAUUCUAUAUUUGUAUUGGUCUCUAUUAACCUCAUAUUACUCUUAAUUAAAUAACCAAAUUAUUGA